AUGAUGAAUAGCAAACAAAUCACUUCCGCUCUCAUGAAAUUGGGCAGCCCUCACAAUAAGAAAUCUAAAUUAUUAUUAUUGUUUCCAACAUUAUCAUCACUCAACUUGAAACAUCAACGUGAACCUCUCUCAUUCUUUCUACGAAAGUCGCACGAGGAUGAACGUAUUUUUUCCUCUUCUAUUGUGAUGAUGAUGAUGGGAGGAAAUAAUAUCGCCACGAGAAGGCACUUCUCUCUUUCAUCUUUAACGUUGUCGUCGUCAUCCACAACAACAUCACCUUCUGCAGAGGAUGGUAAGCCAAAAACAACAAGUUCCGAUUCUUCCGAAGAUAUUACCAUGUUGAGUCUCAUACUUUCUUCUAUAAAAUUUAGAGGACAAGAAGAUUUUACUGCAAAGGAUCCCUUGAGAAAAUAUCCCACUUUAUAUCUUGUGGUUGCAUUAUUGAUUCUUGGAUAUUCAUAUGCUAUUAUUUCUGCCCUUCUUUCAUCCGACAUUGUUUUGGAAAAGAUCAUGUUUGAUGAAAAUGGUGAAUUAAAUUUGCAGAAAUUAGCUGCUCUUCCAUUGAGCUUAUACGCCUUGCAUAAAUUAAAGGAACACCAUUUAAAGGACAUUGAGAAUGCUCUCUCUACUUCGAAUAGAAAAUAUGCAUUGCAACUCUUAUUUCAGAUGUGUUUAGAUCGAUCAUUAGCAAAAGUGAUUUUCAAGGAUUCGUAUUGUUUUUUCAAAGUAAUGGACAUUUUGGAUACUGAUACAUCUCUAGAUGACAAUGAAAAGGAAUGGGCGGUCGCUUUACUUAAAUUAUUUAGUUCUGUUGAGGCCACUCAUCCACAUCUUCUGGAAAAAUUUCAUGUUUGGUCCAAUCUAAAUUUUAAAUCGAACGAAAAGUUACAGAAUCAUUACACGACCAUAUUAUAUAAUUUAUUAUCCAAUAAGGAUACACGAAGCCAGUUGACAGAGAAGAGGAUUGAGAACUUGCUGCAGCUUUCUUACAAUUUGAAAAAGUCAACAAGUGACAAUGAAAGGCUUUCUCAUAUGAAUACAUAUAACUGUGCGACACUGAUUAGAACAUCAAAAUAUGACGACGAAUCCAUCUCAAAACACGAUAAAAUUAUGGACAAAUAUUUGAAAGAUUUCGAAUGGGCGAGGUAUCUUUCAAAUAACAUGGCUCUGCCUUUCCUUACAUUUGGUUACGCCUACCUUAGAUACAGACUUAGAAUUAGCAAACUACCACCAAUACCAGAUAUUAAUUUGAACAAGCUUGCACUCAAGAACUCUCUUCGUUCAACAAUUGUAGUAUCCUUGUUGGCAUUAUCUGUGACAGGUGUUGACUAUUUGGAAUACAAGAAAGGAUUGUAUGGUCAUUUGGAAUACAAUUACAGAUCUAAGCUAAAAUCAAGAGCGACACGUCAAGAAGUUGAGAAAGUGAUUGAAAACUUUUUAGGGCCCAUUUUCAUUGCGUGGAUUUUUGGAAAGUAUGAAUUUAUAAUUCUUCCAUGCAUUAUUUUACAAUUGACAGCAGGCUCCAACCCCAAUUUCCUAAUGAGACACCGAUAUGGCCUUCCUGAUGAUUAUGUUAAGGAACAAGAACAUUACAUUGAGGAAAAUACCGAGUCAACAAGAGUCAAAUCAAAUUAA